AUGGACUCGUCCCGUUCGUUUUGCGGUCUCAAGAGGCUGCUGGUCCAGUCACUCCUUUUGGCUAGCACCACGGCCGUCGCAGCUGCCCAGGAUUCGCUCGAAGAAUGUCUCGGCCAAGUCAGUGCUACCUUCGACGGCGAGCCCACCUGGGCCAAUGAGACGUCGCCGUGGCAACUGCGCAUCACGCCCAAGCCCAUCACCGUCGUCCACCCCGAGACUUCGGACGAUAUUGCCACCGCCCUUUCUUGCGCCCAGCAAUUCUCCCUGAAAGUAGCGGCCCUGAACGGCGGCCAUUCGUACGGCGCGUACGGCCUGGGCGGCAACGAUGGCGCUCUCGUCAUCAACAUGGAAAAGUUCACCGACAUCAGCUACGAUGAGGCCACCGAGACUCUGACCUACGGCGGCGGCAGCCGUGUCGGGCCAGUGGCCACAUGGCUAUGGAACAACCACGGACGCCACUUCCCGCACGUGCGAGCCAACUGGGUCGGCCUGGCCGGCUCAUCCAUCGGCGGCGGCUUCGGCACGACGUCGCGGAUGCUCGGCACGCCCAUGGACUACCUCUCCAGCGUGGAGUACAUGCUGUACAACGGCAGCAUCGUCACGGCCUCGCGCACCGAGAACCCGGACCUCUUCUGGGUCGCGCAGGGCGCCGGCUCCAGCUACGGCAUCCUGCUCUCGCUGACGACCAAGACAUGGAAGCCGGAGCACCAGCUCGUCACCAACUUCACCAUCUCGCUGCCCAGCAACACCAGCCUCGACACGGGCGUCGACGCGCUGCUCGCGAUCCAGGACUACGCCCUCACCACCGCCCCCGACACCUUCGCCAUCCGCUGGCAGCUCGGCACCGCGCCGCCCUUCUCCGGCUCCGGCUACUUCUACGGCGACCCCGCCGAGUUCGACGCCACCAUCGCGCCGCUCAUGGCCGCCCUCCCCGCCGACGCGACCCUCACGACCGCCGUCGAGAGCUUCUGGGACAUGGAGGUCAUCGCGUCCCCGGCGCUCAAUGGCUCCGCGGAUACUUUCCCGCCGCGCAACAUGUACCUGCAGGCCGUCGUGCUGCGCGCCGACCAAGGCUUCACCAGGGAAUCGGCCCGCGCGCUGUACGAGCACACGACGUUCGCGUUCAACCGCACCGACCUGACCAAGUUCGGCUUCCUGGACUUGUGGGGCGGGAGCCCCGCGAAGGCGCUGCAGGACGGCGACACGUCGUUCGCGCAUGCGGACAGCUUGUGGCUGGUGCGGUGGGAGGGAAGGCUGCAGACGGGGUUGAGCGAGUGGCCGGCGGAUGGGAUUGAGUACAUGCAGGCUGGGUUCCGGCCGUUUUUGGAUCAGCUGAAGGAGGAGGGCGUGCCGAUUCGCGGGUUUGUUAACUACCGUGAUACGGAGUUGAGCGAGGCGGAGUGGAGCGAGCGGCUGUUUGCGGAGAAUUAUCCGCGCAUGAAGGAGAUUAAGAAGGUGGUGGAUCCGCUGGGUAUGUUUACGACGAAUGAUCAGAGUAUUCCGCUGCCGUAG